AUGCGCAGUCGUUUGAGAUGUUCGCGGGAUACUGCGGGUUAGCUUUACAUUACAGUCAGGUCUACAACUGUUUAUGCCGUGCUCAACAAAAGCACCAGGUUGCGUUAGAAGUUCUAACUUACCACUGUCGUGGAACGGACAAAGAAAUCGAAGAAUUUGCCAUGGGUUCUCAAUUGGCCAUGGUCCCUCCUGACUUUUACAGCUGGGACUUCGACAUCCACCAGGAUUACGAUCUGCUGACCAAAUACUUCAUUCAUAUGACACAGGACUUUUUUGAGUCAUGCCAAAUCAAAGUGGAUCUUGAAACCAUUGUUCGUUUUACCCUGAUGGUUCGUAAGUGUUACCGAGACAUUCCCUAUCAUAACUGGGCACACGCCUUCUCAGUUUCGCACAGUGUCUACAUCCUUCUUCGUAAAAACAAGAAUCUCUCUCCACUCGAGAAACUCUCUCUGUACAUAGCCGGGAUCUGCCAUGACGUGGACCACCGCGGGAAAAACAACGCAUUUAUGCUGCAAACCAAAACACCUUUAGCCAACCUAUACACUACGUCUACUAUGGAAUGGCAUCACUUCCAUCAGGGCGUCUUUAUCUUAGAGAAUGAAGGACACAACGUGUUUGGACACCUGAAUCCAGUCGAUUAUCGAAGCGUUCUCGAAGGACUUCAAGAAGCCAUUCUCGCCACCGAUCUGGCCUUGUUUUUUGGCACUAGAAGCGACCUGGAAAAGAUCCAUCAAGACAAUUCCUUUGACUGGGAGAAUGAAGAACACAGAAGUUUAAUUCGUCGCUUGAUUAUGACGGCAUGUGACCUUUGUACCUCGGCAAAACCUUGGCACGUUCAGAAAACAGCUGUUAAAUUGGUUUUUGAGGAGUUCUAUACACAGGGUGAUGAGGAAAAACAGAAAGGAGUUGAUCCGUUGCCGAUGAUGGAUCGCACAAGAAAGAAAGAGCUUCCUCAAAACCAGGUGGGAUUUCUCAAAGGUAUUGUCAAGCCAUGUUUUCUUUUGCUACAAUGUUACAUCAACGACAUGGAACACCUGAUGUACAACAUUGAAAACAACUUAGCCCAAUGGGAGAAGAUCGACCUGCGCCAGAGAUCCCAAACACAAUUACUCAUACCAGAGGAAGAAAGAAUCCAGCGCUCAUUAUCCUUCAUUGAUUAUUAAGAUAUUAUUAGAACCAUUUAUUUUAUAACCUUGUAUAUUAUCCAAAAGACCUGAUCGUUGAAUCACAUCUUCCAAGAAGAGAAAUAUUUGUAAAAAGUUUUGUACAAAAAGCUGCACAAAUCUAGUAAAGAUAUUUUAUUUUUCUAAA